UGCAUCGCUUAUUAGUGCUCUGGCAGAGUGGCGGCUCGGGCUGAUGAGCUCCGGUCUCGUCGUACAUCGGCACGUGGGUCCACUCAUCGCACGCACGCACAAGUACACACGAUAUAAUUAUAUAUAUUAGCGGGUUGCGGAGGUGGUGCGCAUACACGUAUUUGAUGUACAUUUAAUGCAACGGGUGGGCAGCAUGAGGCGCGGGUCCAGCCCGCACCAGCGAGGAUGAUGCUCGGCGUCCUCCUCCUGCUCCGACUCCUCGCUCUCGGCUUAAGCGCCGAGUGGUCCAGGCCACCCCCCAUUCCCGCAACGAAUCCCGGUCGGACGGCAGUGGCUGCCUUCAAUGAUCGAGUCUACCCGAACCAAAGGCCUCGCCAUGAAAGCCAAAGCACAAAAUCAUCAUCGUCACUAGAAACAGUAUUCAGCGAGUGGAGCAAGUGGUCGGUCUGCGACAACAAGUACUGCACGCAAAAUCGCGUGCGAAGGUGCAAAGCGAAAAACAAAUGCGGAAACGCGGUGAUACGAGAUGAGAGACCCUGCGUUCACGAGGGGAGCGCGCGACGCCGCAGAUCGAGAAACUGCAACCAGCAGUACCAGCAGAGGGCGGCUCGUCGAAAAGCUCACCGAUUUCACAUUGUACAGGUACCUGAAAAAGCGAGACCACGCCACGGACGGGGUAAAGACGAGGACGAGACCGUGGGCGGCUGGUUCGGCGGCCACUACGGAAAAUGGAGCAAAUGGUCAGAGUGCACCAAGUCUUGCACCACCCACCGACGCAGGUGGUGCAGGAUGCCCGGCUUUUGCUGGAAGGAAGUCAUUCGCCAAAGCGCCUACUGUUACGUCGAGGGGAGUUACUGUCAAAAAUGGAUCAGUAGGAUAAUUCGCAAUAAUUACGAGGACGCGAGUGGCGAUCGUUACGAUCUAAGCUUGAAUGGGAUAGAAAAUUCGACCACCAAAGAAGAAAAUAACUGGAAGUGCGGGGUGUCGAGGAAAAAUUCGGGACUGGCUUACUUAACGAGGAUCAUUGGUGGCCGUCCCACGGCACCCGGCAGCUGGCCUUGGCAAGUUGCAGUCUUGAAUCGAUACGGAGAGGCUUUUUGCGGUGGUACCUUGGUUUCUCCGCGCUGGGUUUUGACUGCCGCUCACUGUGUUCGCAAAAGACUUUCCGUUCGCAUCGGGGAGUACAACCUCUCGGUGAUAGAGGGCUCUGAAAUUGAAUUGAAGGUCGACUAUUCGAUUACUCAUCCAAAGUACAAUGCACAUACUGUGGAUAACGAUAUUGCUCUACUACGUUUACCGGUGACGCUGACGCCGUCGGAUACAAGAGGUAUCGCGUGUUUGCCAACUGCUUGGCAAGAUUUGCCCUCCGAUCAGCUUUGCACGAUUAUCGGCUGGGGCAAGUCAAACACGUCACAUGAAUUUGGUACCGACGUUCUCCACGAAGCGAGGAUACCAAUAGUCUCGGAUGAGAUGUGUAGAAAUGUGUACGUUGACUACAAAAUUACGAGUAACAUGUUUUGUGCCGGUUAUCGGCGAGGAAGAAUGGAUUCGUGUGCAGGUGACAGUGGAGGUCCUCUUCUUUGCAAGGAUCCGGAAAAAACAGAUCAUCCUUGGACAGUCUUUGGGAUUACUAGUUUCGGUGAAGGCUGUGGUAAACGCGGCAAGUACGGAAUUUAUGCGCGUCUAUCCAAUUACGUUAAUUGGAUAGUCAAAACUAUUAAGCAAACAGAUGCCUACACGGUUCGAUAGUUCAAAUUUACUUAAUUAUUAAUGUGCAAGAGUUAGUGAAUUAGUUACAGUGUUUAAUAAUAUGUGUUUGUCUCUGUAGAGAAGUCAGUAAUUUAUAAAUAUUAAUUUAUUUUUUACUAUCGAACAAAUCGUAAUGCCAUCGAAAAAGUUGACUAGCAUGUAAAGAGUUGCCUUUUAGAUUUUCGUAAAACCAUGUAUACUGGACCAAUUUUUCCUGUACAACGGUCUCGCUAGUUUAACAAGGUGGAAAAAAACAUUAACUAUUUUUUGUAUGAGAUUUUUCAAAAUAAAUAACAGCUUGGA